AUGGCGUACUCCGCUUACGAGAACAAUGAGCAGAAUUUCUCUGAAGAGGCAGUAGAGGAAGAAAGUGUGAUUCUCACAUUGGUUCCAGUGAAUGAGGAGCCUAAUGAAGAACAUCAAAUGGAACCAAGUGUUUCUUCAACUUCAGAAAUCAGCCUGAUGAUGCCUGGGUCAAGUGAUAAAGUUUGUCAUCCUCAGAUAAAUGAGCAAUUCAAGUUUUGUCCAAAACACAGUUGUAAUAUGCAAGUCCUUCCCUUACCAACCAGUUUGCCUUCAUUUAAUAAAGUACGUUGGGACACUUUGCGGAACUGGUGCCAACAACUGAAUUUGAGUACCGAUGGCCGGAAAAUAGAGGUUUAUAUGAGGCUCCAGAAACAUGCUUACCCUGAAAUAAACCAGAAUAUUCCUGAAACAUCACCAGAAGCUAAAUUGCAGUCAUGUUCAAGGAAAGGCAAGAUGGUGGCCAAGAAAGCAAGGCUUUGGAAAAGUUGUAAGAAGAGUGAGAGAGAGGAGGGGAUUAAUACAGUCGAGGUGGUAACAUCAGCACAGGAAGGCAUGUUGGCAGCAUGGUCAAGAAUUGCUGCGAGAGCCAGUCAGUCCAAGUCUGUGAAUUCACGUUCCAUUCCUGCUUCUGUUGAGACCUUUCUGCUGCAAGCCUCUGGUGUCCGGUGGUGUGUGGUCCAUGGCAGACCUCUCUUGGCAGACACACAAGGUUGGGUUCGCCUGCAAUUUCAUGCAGGUCAGGCCUGGGUGCCUGACACUCCCAAAAGGAUGAUCUCUCUCUUCCUGUUACCCGCCUGCACUUUCCCACCCCCAGGCCUAGAAGACAACAUGUUAUGCCCUGAAUGUGUGAAGAGAAAUAAGAAGAUGAUGAAAAGAUUAAUUGCACUGGGGAAGGAAAAGCGACCUCGUUUGAAUAGACCAACAUCAUUCCCUUUGGAUGGGCCAUAUCUUAAUAAAGAAUAA